UUUGUCAUUUUUCAUAUCAUUUGUACAGAAAAUGGACCCAACAAACCUUGUUCUUCUUUCAUCUCAGAGCUUAAAAGAAUGUACAAACAAUUUCAACCAAAGCAAUCUCAUUGGGUUGACACAGUUCGGAAGAUUGUUUAGAGGAAAUUUUCAAGGUCAACAUGUAUUAGUGAAGUUAUGGGAUGAUGAAAAGUUGAAGCACAUAACUUCUAAAUAUAAUGAUGAGUAUUUGAUUCUCAAAGAGGAAGUUAAGUUUUGGACAAAUCCAAUUUUGAAAGGUUGUCCUAACUUGGCUAAUUGGAUUGGUUAUACUUGGGAGAAAGAUAUAAAAGGGAUUGUGUAUGAUGUUAAUCCAUUUGAUAUUUUGGACAAUGUAAUCAAGAAAGAUAGCUUGAGUUUGCUUCAGAGAAUAAAUCUAAUUCAUGAGCUUGCUAAGCUCUUGAAAUUCAUUCAUGACCAAGAGAAACAAAAUAUGGUGUUAAAUAUCAGUACAUCUCAUAUACUUCUUGAUAAGGAUUACAAGCCAAAGUUAUUUGAUUUGUUGUUGGUUAGUGAAGUGAACAUGCUCAAGGAACAAAUAACAAUGUCAACUAGCUACAUGGAUCCUUAUUUUUCUCUAAGGGGUGGUAAAUGGACAAGAAGUUGUGAAGUGUAUUCAUUUGGCAUUAUUUUACUUGAACUAAUAACCAAAACAAUUUCAGACAUAAGAAACAGAGAAGAUACAAGCUUAAUCACAUAUAGUCUAGUACAUAUUUGGGCCAAGAAAGAGUACAUGCCAAAUUGUUCUCUUGUUCACAAACAUCUGCAACAAGAUUGGUUUUAUUGUGCUGAAGAUGGUGUUUCAAUAACUCUACUUGCUUUGCAGUGCAUAGAUUUUUUUCCAGCAAAUCGUCCUUCAAUGACUGAUGUGUUGCAAAAACUAGAAAAUCUUUCAGUGUUGCAACAUUUGACUGAUGCUAGACCAACAAAAAAGGAAAAGAAAUUCAUUUCAUCAUAACGCAAAUUUUAGAUUUCAUAAGACAAAUAUUUGACAGUAAAAUAACUUUUCCUUCCUUAAUUAGUAUUAGAUCAAUGACAAGGAUAUUUUGUAUGUGAAUAUUAGUGAAGCAUGUUGUAUGUGAUUUUAUAUUUUAAAAUUGAUGUGUCCAGUAUUUUAAGAGCA